CAGCGAGCGCGCGGGAGGCGGGCCGAGGUGCUGACUGUAAUGCGAUAGCCGCUCCGUCCUGAUGCUAUUGCACACACACACACACACACACACACACCUAAUGCUAUUGCACAUACACGCUGCCGCAGCCAGGCGCACGCACACGGACCCCGCUCGCAGGAACAGCGACCGACCAGAGAGUGGAGAGACGGCGUGGAGACAGCAGCGCACGCACUCACUCACUCUCACACACACACACACUCACACACGUACAGUCACGGGCAGCGUGGACCCGGGGCUUGUAGCUGUAUGUAAGUACAGGAACCUGGGUUACGUUAGACGCUGAACCUACGGAGGGUCGGGUUAUUUGUGGGUUGGAUCCUGUCAACAACGGUCGCUCAGGCGUCCUGGCGUUUUAUGUCUUGCGGAAGGGCUGACUGAGUUGUGAAGAAACAAGGAGAGCGGAGGGAGAGGAGUGAAGAGAGUACCUCAUAUCAUUUGGAUUCGGAGGUAACCAACCGCUAGAUCGAGGAAUUGCCUACGCGGAGACUCUGCGCAGCUCUCACCACCCUGAUAACGUUGUUCUCCCGACCCCGCUGUCUGUCAUUUCAUGAAGAACGUGGAUUUGAAAGUUGUUUUCACAGCCAUGAACAAUAUUCUCUCCUGGAUGAUUCACCGAAAUCUUUUGAGUGCGUGAUAUGUGCUCUUAAACAACUAUUCCGGGAACAAAAUUUGAGAACUUUAGCGGCAAGGCGAGCAGCCAAAAGGAAGAAACUGUUGUCGCGGUGAACUCCAGCCACAAACCGCCCGCCGUGGGUACGCGUGCUUCCCCGUGCAGGCAGCGGCAUUUUGAGGCAACGCCGAGGAAGAUUUCUGGUGGUUGUAAAAUAACCGUAGGGUGACGGUUCACCCAUCAAGAUGGAUUUACUCGCAUGGAUGUUUGGAUAUUUAUUCGCAUUUUGCUUGUCACCGUUGCGCGCAGAAGAAGGUGAGCAGUGCGGCGGGCAGCUGGAUGCCAGUGCGGCGGGCUACAUCACCACGCCGGGGUACCCCCUGGAGUACCCGCCCCACCAGGACUGCCGAUGGACCAUCACCGCGCCCGAGCCCUCGCAGCGCAUCGUGCUCAACUUCAACCCGCACUUCGAACUGGAGAAGCUGGACUGCAGGUACGACUACAUCGAGAUCCGCGACGGGAACUCGGACGCGGCGGACCUGCUGGGGAGGCACUGCAGCAACAUCGCCCCCCCGGCCAUCAUCUCCUCCAGCCCCGUGCUGCUCAUACGCUUCGUCUCCGACUACGCACACCAGGGGGCGGGCUUCUCGCUGCGCUACGAGAUCUACAAGACAGGUGUGUGUGUGUGUGUGUGUGUGAGGCGUUUGUGCUGCUCGUCAGAGGAGGGAUGUGAAGAUGUGGGCCCUCUGAUUGGUCGUCACUGUGGCACUAAGAUCCCCCCUGAGGUGCAGUCGUCCACGGGCAUCCUGUCUCUGUCCUUCCACACGGACAUGGCCGUGGCCAAAGAUGGCUUCUCCGCCCGAUACAACAUGACCUACAAGGAAGUCAGCGACAACUUCCACUGUAGUGAUGCCCUGGGCAUGAAGUCUGGCCGUAUCUCCGACGACCAGAUCAGCGCCUCCUCCGUCUUCUACGACGGCCGCUGGAACGCCCAGCAGGCGCGCCUCCACAACGAGGACCACGGCUGGACGCCCAGCACCGACAGCCAGAAGGAGUACAUCCAGGUGGAUCUCCAGUUCCUGAAGCUCCUGACGGGCAUUGCCACCCAGGGCGCCGUGUCCAAGCAGACCCAGAAGCAGUACUACGUCACCAGCUUCAAGCUGGAGGUCAGCACCAACGGGGAGGACUGGAUGGUCUACCGCAACGGCAAGAACCACAAGGUGUUCCACGCCAACAGCAACCCCACUGACCCGGUUCUAAACCGCAUUCCUCAGCCGGUUCUGGCCCGGUUUGUCCGGAUCCGACCACAGGUCUGGAAGACCGGCAUUGCCCUGCGCUUUGAGCUGUAUGGAUGCCAGAUCACAGACCAGCCGUGCUCCGAGAUGCAGGGCAUGCUCUCCGGCCUCCUCCCCGACUCCCAGAUCUCCGCCUCCUCCAUGCGGGACCUCCACGCUCCCAUGGGCGUGGCCAGGCUGGUGGCGAGCCGCUCCGGUUGGUUCCCCAGCCCGCAGCAGCCCGUGGCCCGCGAGGAGUGGCUGCAGGUGGACCUGGGCGUGGCCAAGGCGGUGCGGGGCGUGAUCACGCAGGGCGCCAGGGGCAUGGACGGCGGGGUGACCUCCGAGAGCCGGGCAUACGUCAGGAAGUACCGCCUGGCACACAGCCUCAACGGCAAGGACUGGACCUUCAUCAUGGACACCAAGACCAACAUGCCCAAGAUCUUCGAGGGGAACACACACUUCGACAGUCCAGAGAUCCGGCGCUUCAACGAGACGGUGGCCCAGUUCAUCCGGGUCUACCCAGAGCGCUGGUCCCCCACGGGCAUCGGCAUGAGGAUGGAGGUGCUGGGCUGUGACCUGCCAGAGACCACCACUGUUCCCGACACGAUGUCCCCAACCAUUCUCCCAAUGGAGACAACAACAGCACAGAGACUUCCGCACAUGGACCCCUCCCUGUCUCCGUGGCUGGGUGGCCUGUGUGACUUUGAGCAGAGUCUGUGUGGGUGGAGUCACGACCCCUCAACGCCCCUCCACUGGUCUCUCCACACCGGCGGAUCUCCCCUGGGACCCAACCUCGACCUGACGCUCGCCACAGACGACCUGGGUAACUACCUGUACCUGGAGGCGGGGCCUAAGCUGCAACACCAGAGGGCGCGGCUCCUGAGCCCGGGGGUGGGGCCGGAGGCGGGGCCUCUGUGUCUGCUCUUCCUGUACCGGCUGCAGGGCGAGGCCCAGGGCCACCUGCGCGUGCUGCUCAGGGAUCACCAGCAGGAGGAGACACUGAUCUGGGCCCUCAGAGGGGACCAGGGGCCCCUGUGGAGGGAGGGCCGCACCAUACUGCCACAGUCCCCCAACCAGUACCAGGUAGUCAUUGAAGGCUACUUUGAGCAUGGCAACCGAGGUCACAUCUGGAUAGAUAACAUCCACAUGAGCUCCAGUACGGAGUUGGAACAAUGCACCCAGCCGUUCGGAGCCGUCCCACCUGACAUGACCGGAGAAGCUCUCCCAGGCAGCCGGGGCAAGCCCACGGUGGCCCCCGUUGCCGUGACGCCCGUGCCCGCCUUCUGGUAUUACGUGAUAGCGGGCGGCGGCGCGCUGGUGCUGCUGGCGUGCGCGGCGCUGGUCCUGGCGCUCUGCUGCCACCGGUACCGGCUGGCCGCCAAGAAGAGCCCGCACUCGGUGGCCUACCAGGGCUCCCACUACCCCAGCACCACCCUGAGCGGGCCCUGCCUCGAACCCAUGCUCACCAUCAGGCUAGACAAAGGGGAGCCAGUGUCCCACUGUCUGCCAGUGGAGUUUGAUGGAGAACUGAGGCCAGUUGACUUUGGGAACAACCAGCUCUUCCACGGGAGGGAACGAGGAGGCUACCUCUUCCCUGAUUGGAGCAGUCCGGGCCCAUCAGGCUUCCCCGCGGUGACCCGCGUGCCGUCCUCCUCGUCGGACCGCGACAACCCCAACGCCUGGCUGUACUCGCUGGACCCCAUCCUGCUGACCAUCAUCGUGAUGAGCUCGCUGGGCGUGCUGCUGGGCGCCGUGUGCGCCGGCCUGCUGCUCUACUGCACGUGCUCCUACCACGGCCUCUCCUCGCGCUCCUCCACCACGCUGGAGAACUACAACUUCGAGCUGUACGACGGCAUCAAGCACAAGGUCAAGGGCAACCAGCAGCGCUGCUGCUCCGAGGCCUAGAGACGAGGCAGUCGGUCGGAGGGGAGAGAGAGAGAGAGAGGGAGAGAGAGAGAGAAGAGAGAGAGAGAGAAGAAGAAGGGAGAAGACUAGAGAAUGGGGCAUUUUAAGACCUCAUGCUCCCCUCCUCUCAAUUUUAGUCCCUCGCUUAUUUUCUGGUGUUUGGAAGAAGAAGAAGGAGAAGAAGAAGAAUAAAAAGAUGACACUAUGCCAGAAAGAUCUCCCUCUCUCGCUCUCUCUCUCUCUCUCUUUCUCUCUCUGUCUAAGUCAAACCCUCUCUCUUGCCUGUUUUUGGUAAGGGAUGUGGACAGAGAUAGGGGGGGCGCUGGAGAGGGUGUCUUCUGUCAGGUCCUUUCCCGUCCCAGCUGCUUGCGCUCUUGCUUUCUUUUUUCUCUUUUUUCAUCCCUCCAUACCUGAGUCCUCGCUCGCUAAAAGAGAGUGAUAGGAGACUGUGAAAGAAUCAGACAUUUCCGUCCACUAAGAACCACACAGUGCUUAAACAGAUUGCCCAGUGUGGAAUCUCAUACCUGGGGGAGGAGGACAAAUACCCCCCCCUCUCCUCCUCCUCCUCCUCCUCCUCCUCCUCCUCCUUUAAGCUGCUCCUGGAGGAUUUUCAGAAGGAGCCAGAAAAAAAAAAGAUAUCAAGACAUAUCAAUCAAACGCCUAUCCCAAAAAAAAUGAGUUGAGUACUAUGAAGAAGCUGAAGAAGAAGAAGAAGGCAGAUGUAUAUGACUUUAGAUUUCUAUAUAAAAGAAGAAAACGCCGAUUACAAAAAAAAAAAAGUCUUUCUCUAAAGUGGCUGGUCAGUGGAGCGUAGUUGUGAGUGGCGCUAGGACUUGUGAUCGACGGUAGCUCUGCUCCUUGCCUCCGUGUCGUGAAAAGCUGUGGCCUAGACAUUCGUGGACAGUUUUGUUUGGUUCUAUUUUUAGGUUUCGUUCCUUAGACAAAGCCAGAUAUGCUUUGAUUUGACCCUCUGUUGUAGAUGCUUCGGUCAUCGUUGGCAUUCUGGGGUCCUAAUGACCCCCCUGUGUUUAGGCUGUUGUUGUUGAUUUGCAUUUGUUUGUUUUCGUGUGUUUAUUUUAAGUCAAGUCGUACAGUUUUAGUUCUGUUCGUAGGCGACGUGUGACCGUCCAAGCGGUCUCUAAACCUAGACAGUCUCGCAGUGAAGG